UUCCCCGCCUAUCGGGUCGAGAUCGGGAGGCGGCGCGGGGAUCACAUCUCGCCGCGGCGGUUCGCGCUGCCAGCGAGUUCAUUCAGCCCGCGAAGGGAAGGAAGCUGCCCAUCGCCGUCCGGUGGUUAUAAAACUCACCUCUCCGGCCCCCCUUCCUCUCUUCCUUCUCUUGCACUACCCAACCACUCCCUCCGCGUCGAUCGAUCCGUACCGCCUGGGAGGCAGCUCGACGUUCAACGAAAGAGAGUGAGAGCACGGUUCGUCGCGGGGGAAGCAGAGCAGGAGAGGAGCUGACGCGGCGGCGGGGGCGAGAGUCGGCGGGGAGGCAUGGACGGGCACGGCGGCGGAGCCGGUAAGCUGACGAGGACGCCGUCGUCGCUACUCCGGUCGCCUACCAUGCGCGCGGGUCCCGGCACCGCAUCGUUCCACGCGCUCGACGACCCGGAACCCGACGACAAGAAGGCGCAGGCGCCACUGGGCAAGCCUCGGGCGCUGCUCCGCCGGGCCCACCACCGGUUCCGCCCCGGCCCGGCCCAGUCCGCGCUCCUCCUCCUCCUCCCGGUCCUCGCGCUCGCCGCGCUGCUCAUGCGCGGGGGCGACGGCGGCCACCACCUCGCCCUCCUGGCGGCCGCGGCGGGGUUCGCCCUCGCCGCCGCGGCCGCCGUCGCGCGGCUCCGCGGCGCUCGCCCGCGCUCCCCGGCGCUCGAGGCCUCCGUGCGGUGGUUCAUCGGCGAAGAUGACGACGAGGAGCAGCGGGACUGGAAGCGGAGGGCGGGGCUCGGGCUGGGGCUGGGACUGGGGCGCCGCGCGGAGGUGCGGGAGGGCGUCGAGUUCUACAGCAACGGGGACCGCUACGAGGGGGAGUUCCACGGGGGCCGCUGCAGCGGCAGCGGCGUGUACAGCUUCUUCGGGAAGGGCAAGUACGAGGGCGACUGGGUGGACGGCAAGUACGACGGCCACGGCGUCGAGAGCUGGGCGCGCGGCAGCCGGUACCGCGGCCAGUACCGGCAGGGCCUUCGCCACGGCCACGGCGUCUACCGAUUCUACAGCGGCGACGACUACGCCGGCGAGUGGGCCGGCGGCCAGAGUCACGGUAUCGGCGCCCAGACCUGCUCCGACGGCAGCACGUACGCCGGCGAGUUCAAGUGCGGCGUCAAGCACGGCCUCGGCUGCUACCAUUUCAGAACAAAAUCCUCUGCAGGAACGGCGAUCUGUACGCGGGGGAGUACUUCGCAGACAAGAUCCAGGGUUUCGGUGCGUACAGAUUCGCCAAUGGACACAGCUACGAGGGAUCUUGGCACGAAGGAAAGAAACAGGGGUUCGGGAUGUACGUAUUUGGGAGUGGGGAUGAACGAGCCGGGGAGUGGGAUUCUGGAAUUCUGAAGAGCUCCUUGCCUCUGUCAGACCCAGCUGUUCAGCGUGCCCUGCAGGCUGCUCGAAGGGCUGCAGACAGCGCCUUUCACCUCCCAAGAGUACAAGAGCAGGUGAACAAGGCCGUCAUGGCUGCAAACAGAGCGGCUACAGCUGCCCGUGUCGCUGCGAUCAAGGCAGUGCAGAACAGGAUAGAUGGCAAGCUCUGUUUCAUCGAUGUGUGAAUUGGGUUCAAGAAUUGUGCCCUUCACCUGUUAACAGGAUAGACUAGCCAAGAGCGGCAGUGACUAGCUGCUGAGUUUCGCGACCGGAGCAGCACAACCGCAUGCUCCGUGUUGGUUGGAGAGACCAGUACGGUUGGCGGCAGCCACCAAUGGGCUGAACUGCUGCUGUUUUCUUGAAGUGGUUCACCUCGUGCUGGAUCGCUGAGAGCAAGUUCACCCUAUUCCUCUUCCUCCUUGUGCAGACUGCUCCAUAGUCCAUGUCUCCACUCCAUCCAUGUGUAUCAAUGGUGGUCGGUGGAGAUGAUCUGUCAGUGCUUUUCUGUUUUCUGCAUCGCCCUGUACUGUAUGUGCAUUGUACAUGCACUGUGUUAUCUUGCUCGGAUCAGAUGUUCCGACGGCAAAUCUUGCCGGUUUGAACUUGUGGCGCCACGUGCAGGGAUUCUCCAUUCGUAAUCGUACUUGAGCGUGCACAUGGGUGUUUACCAGCCAAUAAUCCCUCGCUGCCAUAUCAUGCAGCCUCUUAUCUGCUGUUCCAUCCACUGCACCUGGGCUACCUACCUCUCUACCUGCACCUUCUCGGACAUUUCCAUUCUCUCCGCAGAUUAUGGCGUCUUUCGGUCCACUUGCUGCUCCAUGUUCUCGCCUCGCAUUAGAGGCAUGAAGAAAUGAAACAUGCAAGUGUUGAGGUAAUGACAAAUGCGUUGCAAUACACUGGGUCCAGUCACAGCCUUUCAAUUUCAUCGAGUCGGGAAAGUGCAGGAGUGAAAAUUUGUGUGGCGUCAGUAAAUUCAAAGCCAACCUUUGUAUUCCAGCUUC